AUGGAUCCUUACAGCACCAAGGAAGCUAUCCUCCAGCUCGGUGUUAUCGACCCAGAGAUCGACGAGAUCCUAAAGAACAACUUCCCUCUCGACCUGUCUUCACUCCCACCAGAGGUUUUGCUUCAAGGCUCAGUAGCGAAUGAAAUGACCACUUGUGAAAAGUACUCGGGACACGGAACUCACGAGACAUUGAUGACCAUCCCAAUGCGCGAUGGUUAUGAAAGCGAGAUCCGGGUGAUCAAGCCACCUAACGCACAGCCCAAUACUCCGCUCGUACUCCUGAUCUAUGGCGGAGGGUUCUUCAGUGGGACGAAUAUCCAACUACUUCCCUGGGCGACAGCAACAGCCGCACUCUACGGUGCAACAGUGAUUCUCCCUUCCUAUCGAUUAGCACCACAACACAAAUUCCCCAUUGCCCACAACGAUAUCUGGGAUACUGUGAAAUGGCUUGCUAGUAAUGCCUCUUCGCUAGACGCAGACCUCUCAAAGGGCUUCGUCAUUGGCGGUAGCUCAGCCGGAGGAAACUUAUCAAUCGUUACUGCUCAUCGCGCCAUGAGAGAGCACCUCUUCCCUCCGCUGACGGGUGUGCUGGCUAUUAUUCCGCCCUGCAUGGACGAGCAGACUGUGCCAGAGAAAUAUAAGCAUUUAUGGGUGUCACGCGAGCAAAAUUCUCUCUCACCGGUUUGCAAUGCCAAAGAUAUCGAGACCUGGACAAGCUGGUGGGAGCCAGAUUUCCAGUCCGUUGAUUUUUCGCCGUUGAAUUCGGACGUAUCGCUUGCUGGUAUGCCGCCGACUCAUGUGCAGGUUGAUGGGAUGGAUACGCUGCGUGAUGAUGGGUUGAUCUAUGAGAAACUUCUUCGCGACCAGGGUGUCGCUACUCGUCUGGAUGUUUAUCCCGGUAUGCCGCAUGCUCAUUGGAUGCUUUGGCCUGAGCACGAAUUGUCUAUCAAGUCGAAUAUCGAUACACUUUCUGGUAUUGGGUGGUUGCUUGGCCAGGAGCUUGAGAGGGAUGAGGUCGAGCGCAUCUGGACUACGGCACCUUAA